AUGCAGUCUAUCCCAAAAGGAGCAGGUCUUGCAAAGAUCUGGUCUUGCUUUCCACAGCCUGGCUCUGCAGCGGAUAGGGAAGCUGUGCAGGAUCAGCUUACUCAAAUUCUCACCACUGAUGGCAAGAAUUAUCUUGAUACCAAUUUCAACGGACAAUCAGCAGUGGAAAGGCUGAAGCGUGAUAUCGGCCAGAUCCUUGAUAGGUUGCCAGAAUUUGUCCAACGGGCAGCCCGCGGUGGCGGGAAGUGUAAGGACGAUGUCAUUCAGGCACUCUAUCUUAUUGCGCUCAAUAUAGAACAGUCCAAGGGCAGACGCCAGAGGCCUUCUCAGCGGGGGAGCAGUCACGUAUCUGAUGACAUUGUAGAAGGCUCAGGCCUCCGUGACUGCCGGGUGGUCAUCGAGUAUAUCCCUGAUCAAAGACAGAAUGCUGCCUUUGCGCUCUAUCAAUUCACGACUAGCGGAGAACAAAAUGCCUUCAUUAGCACCCGUGACCUUGACUAUGAGGUGUUCAAGCAAAUACUGGUGCGCCGUUACGGCUACAGCAAUGGGAUCCAUGUACUCUCCUGGUCAGAUAAGGGUGAAUCAUUCUUCAUAACCAACCAUGACGGUUUCGAGGGCGCCAUAACCCUGAUGCAUCCGGAGAUUCGGUUUUGUUUGAACAUAGCACCUAGUGAGUUUUUCUGGCCAGGAUUAUUUGGGAUUAGGGGCUUACCAUAUCUAGGGACCCAAACGCUUGCAAUGCCUGAUGUGGUUAAGGUCCUUUCAGGCAGUCCUGAACUUAGUGAACAAGUCAGCCCCCAUAGAGGAUGUUCAACAACAGUAGAGACUGAGAGUUGGGUUACUUCUGACCGGCCUAGGUCAGAUGAAGGAGGCAAGCGCAAACGCGAACAGCGUUUUAGGACAGAUGAUGAUGAGGAGGAGGAAUUUCUGAGUUGGUCAGACUCAGAUGAAGACCCUGACCGCAAACGCAAGAAGCAUGCAACAAUGAAGGAGCUUCUAGGCAUUUCUGAUAGUCAGUCCUCUGAUGAAGAAACUGGGAGCGAAUCAAGCUUUGAGGUGGGUGCAAAUAAGAAUUCUUAUAACUGUGCUAACCCUGAUGAUCAGAACAUACCAUCUGGCAGUGAAACUCAAGGGGGCAGUCCUCCACGCAACACCGGGCAAGAGAGUACGGGUCUGGGUGAUACAGAUGAGAAAAACAACCCACCUCAUGGUACGGGUGAUAGCCCAACGAAGGGAUCACGCGAUUCGCCUACUACAGAAGAAGUGGUUUCAAGGAGGUCCACCUAUGAUGAGGGGCCGUCAACCAACAGUGAAGAGUGGCCUACGGGUGACGAUGACGAGGAAGAAGAAGAGGACCAUGACACAGAUAAGCUUGGAACAAAGCUGCGCACGUUUUGCUCCUCAUACCGGUUGGAGCGGUCUACUGAUGAGAACUGCGCGGCUUUCAGUCGAUUUUUCAAAUACGAAGAUAUAGAGGCUGUGCCUAAUAUGAUUACCAUCCCUGGACUGAGGAAACCCGUUUACGCAUACCAAGCAUUUGCCGUCUGGUACAUGCUUAAGACGGAGCAGUCGCGUUGUAGGGGUGGCUUCCUUGCUGAUGAGAUGGGCCUUGGGAAGACGGUCACACUAAUUACACUCUGCAUCGUGGGAAGGUGGAUUCAAAUCAUGGUUGCAGAAGUAGAGCGGUCCCGCAGAACCGGUGAUGGCAAACAUUUACCGGAAGAUACUGAAUCCAGUGAAUGUCCUAGUGCCUCCGCUUUUCCUUGCUGCUGCAUAUGUGUCCCCAACAGCCCUACGCGAGAGCUCACCUCGCGGUGGAGAGGCGGAAACCUGAUCAUUGUGCCAAAAAAACUUAUCCGCAACUGGAUAAAGGAAUGGCAUAACUAUGUGGACCUGGUAAAUGAGCGUCUUGCCAUGCAGCUUAUUCUUGGACAUCAAACUCCUAACACAAAUGUCCCAACCAUGACGAUCUAUAUCAGCAGCCUUCAAUAUCAAGAGGCACGGAUAUUCGCCCAAGCACUUGCCCAAGAGGAGGCAGCCAAUACUUAUGACCAAAUGCAACUCAACGAGAGUGCACACGAUGCAAUCCAGAGAUAUAAUAAUCAUCAAUACACUUUGCCUCCGGAUAUUGAGCGCUUCGUGGUUCUGACCACUCCGGGGAGCUUUGAUGGUCGGGUCAAGGAACCAAUGACCGUCAGGGCCCCUGUGCCUAAACCAAGGAAAGGUCGUGGGUCAAAGAGUGCGGAUAAGUACAAAAAGAUACGAACUGAUCUUUGGUGCCGUGUGAUUCGAGAUGAGUGUCAUGAGGAGCGAGGGGAGAAACAAACGUCUAAGAUCAUGAAAUCACUUCUCAAAAGACCUCCCUGCUGGAUGGCCAGUGGGACCCCGUUUGACCGCAGCCCUGCCGAUCUGGCCGCCUAUGUCAGUGUUCUACAAGAUGAGACAUGGGAAAAGAGUGACACAUACCGACACUGCCAAUCCUCCGAGCUUAAGAAACUGGGGAUGAAUUUUAUGGCAUUGCAAUCGAAACCUGAACCAGAUAUUUCGCCUAUCUCAAGCGCCCUCGCCAAAAUCCUUGAGACUAUUGGGUUUAUUCGCAGAACUGCAGAGAGCCAAUGGAACGGGAAGCCUCUCAUGGAUCUCCCACCACAUGUCCAGACUGACAUUAGCUGCCCACUCACAGAGGACGGUAAGGCUCUGAUUGAACGUAUACGCAACCUAGCCAUGGAGCAGGCACAAGGUGCCCAACCUUCCUCUUACAUCCAGUUUAAGAGAUCACUAUAUCGCCUCCGUUUGACAAGUAACCUUCCUGGUCUUGCAGCCCUGUACGAAAAUCAAGAUAGGCCUAGUGAUUUUGUCUGGACUGGAGAUGAAAUUACUAGAAAUGGUUGGCAUAUUGAGCCAGAGAGAUCGACAUUUGCUUUAAAUCUCGAUCGUGUCCUUGAACAUUCCACUAAAUGGGCUGAGCUAUGCAGGCUUAUCCGAAACCGGGAGCAGGGCAAGGACGGGAAGCCGAAGAAAAUGAUUAUCAUAAGCGCUUUCCCGGUUGUAGUGCUGAUCCUCUGGCUGGCUAUCCAACGGGAGUUUCCUGAGGAAUACCCUCGGGCUAUGCUAGCUGGUGUCAAGAACCGGCAGUGUCUGAUUGAUCUAUUUCAGGAAUUUGGGACUGGCGAGAAGCCCGAGCAGCAAAGAAAUGAAAUCGAAAGUCCCGGCAUCCUCCUGGGUACUACUAAACUUCUUUCGGUUGGUUUCACCUGCACACGAGCUAAUACGGUCGUUCUGUUCGAGCCACAGCUGUCAAGUAAUGAUGAGGAACAGGCCUAUGGCCGUAUUCACCGCAUCAGUCAGCGUAAUCACAGAACGUAUGGCUAUCGACUGAUUGAUCCUGAUCUGGAAGAGGAUCAGCGUAUUAUGAUGCGCCAGGCAUCCCGGAAGAAGCUUCAUCGUGAUGCUACCCAGCAGAGAUAUGAUAACCAAACCGACGCAGACAGUUAA